UCACUUCCUCAUCCCCACCCUGACCCUGCACAGUGCCUGGUGUCAGCCCACGGCCUCCAGAGGAAACCCCUGCCCAUGAGGAUCUGCUGCCACUUCAUGAUAAAACCCCGCAUGCUUUUUAUCCAGCAGCAGCAGCCGGAGGGGGAUGUGCUGUUGGGAAGAGGCCGCUCCCAGGGUUCGGGGUUGCUGCAUGCCCAGAGGCCAGGGGUGUCUGAGGGCACAGGGUAAUGGUUUCUGCCACCAGGAAUCCAUCAGGUUUCCCUGGGAAAGGCAGGGUGAAGAGUGCAGUGUGAGGAUCCCACGGUGGGUGACACCGGGAUUGUAUCCCAGCAGGAAAAUCAGAGCAUCCUGGGGCCAGCCAGGAAUAGCUGCUGCUGGUUCUGCCCUUCAGCAUCACUUGCGGAGCAGAAUAUUCCACUGGGCAGCAGAAACGCCAUUCCCAUCCAGCGGGAUGAGGAUGGACCUCCCUGACCCCGUAAGUCCUGCUGCCCUCCCCAAGCACAUCCUGGACAUCUGGGUCAUCAUCCUGAUCAUCCUGGCCACCAUCCUUGUCAUGACAGCUCUGGUGCUCUGCCCGGCCACUGCCGUCAUCAUCUACCGGGUACGGACUCACCCCACGCGCAAUGGCAUCGUGUGAGGUGGAGGCGAUGAGGGACAGCCCACAGCCAUGGGAUCCUGUGCUGGGGACCUCACAAAGCCCAGUGGAGCACCCAAAGAGCUGGGGAGAGCCGGGCAAGAGCUGGAGUCGGCCAGCACCCGGAUGCCUGCCCCUGUGCGUGGCUCUUCCACUGCCUCCUAUUUACCUACCGAGCUCCUGGGGACUGUCAAGGGGAUGGUGGCCUGCGUACCAGCCAGGAGAUGUGUGACUUUGUGAACCUGUCCAGCUAGAAAUGACUCGCUCCCAUGAGGCAGCCUGGCUGGUCUCACCUUCGCUGGUGACCCAUUUCCUCCCAGGCAAGCAGCAAGGUGUGGAAAUGCCCAGCAAAGCUGUUUCUCCUUUGGAGUCCCAGCCAUCAGGGUGGUUGGGAAAGAAGGGUCAAAGCAAGAUGGAUGUGGCUUCUGACUGAGCAUUGGGAGACUCAGCUAAAAGCAUCGGUGACAGAGCCCAGCCUGGCUGUGCAGCAGACAGGCAGCUGGGACCAGUUUCUCUUCUAUCAGAUACCUGCUGGAACUGUAGGAAAACCCUGUGGGGUGCUUGGUUCCCCUGGGUCUCAUGGGGCAGAGGAGCAUGGGCAGCUCCUGCCCACACAAUGGCUGUGCUUUGUGCCCUGCUGAUGGUGAGGGGCUCCACACAGUGUGACUGACCCCACUGGGAGGGUCUGUGCCGCUGUCUGGGAGAGCAAAGCAGAGGGGUUUGUGCCAGGCAGUGGCAAAGACCAUGUAAGCUCUUACACUGCCUCUUGCUAUGAAAUAAAUGGACUUUAUUCUA